AUGCAGAUCACAAUGAAGACGCUGCAGCAGCAAACCUUCAAGAUAGAGAUUGACUGCGAAGAGACGGUCAAGGCUUUAAAAGAGAAAAUUGAACUUGAGAAGGGGAAGGAUCAGUUUCCAGUUGCCGGCCAAAAAUUAAUUUAUGCAGGUAAAAUCCUUAAUGAUGAUACAGCACUUAAAGAAUACAAAAUUGACGAGAAGAACUUUGUAGUGGUUAUGGUUACAAAAGUAAGUCCAGUUAGCACUGCUACUGCUACUGCUGCCCCUUCAUCACCACCACAGACAUAUACACCGAUUUCCCGAACCAAUGCACCUGGGUCCCUUCCAUACCCCUUACCUAAUAUCCCUUUACCUAGUCCAGUAGUUACUACUGAACCCCAGACAACCACAGCUAGUACAGAAGAGAAACCUGAAGAGAAGACAGAGAGUCCUGAAGAGACAGUGAGCCCUUCAUCAACGGAGGGCAGGUAUAUGAAAUUCAUUACAUUUUUUGUACCCAGUGACUCUUCUCGGCCAUCACUUUUUGAAGAUGCAACUAGCGCACUUGUAACUGGUCAGUCAUAUGAAAAUAUGGUAACUGAAAUUAUGUCUAUGGGCUAUGAGCGAGAACAAGUUAUUGCUGCCCUUAGAGCCAGCUUUAACAACCCUGACAGGGCUGUGGAGUAUCUCCUUAUGGGAAUCCCAGGAGACAGAGAAGGUCAAGCUGGUGCUGAUCCUCCCCAAGCAGUCAGUGGUCCUACCCCACCUCUGUCGGCAGGAGCUGGUGCAGCUGCAACUACAACUACAACUACACCCUCUACACCUUCUUCUGGAGGAAAUCCCCUUGAUUUCUUACAGAAUCAACCUCAGUUUCAGCAGAUGAGACAGAUUAUUCAACAGAAUCCUUCUCUGUUGCCGGCACUUCUACAACAAAUUGGGAGGGAAAAUCCCUCAUUACUGCAGCAAAUUAGUCAACACCAAGAGCAGUUCAUUCAGAUGUUAAAUGAUCCAAUCCCAGAAUCAGGAAGUCAGGGAGGAGGAAGGGGAGUGGCAGCUGAAGCUGGAAGUGGUCAUAUGAACUAUAUUCAAGUGACACCUCAGGAAAAGGAAGUGUAUAACUUGCUAACAAUGCUUUUUACCUUUUUUAUUUUGCAGCUAAAAGCAUUAGGAUUUCCUGAGGGACUGGUGAUACAGGCAUAUUUUGCAUGUGAGAAGAAUGAAAACCUGGCUGCCAAUUUUCUCCUACAGCAGAACUUUGAUGAUGAUUGA